AAUAUUUAUCCAACGAUUUGCGCCACAAAUGGCUCAGUUGUGAUUUGAAGGUUUAUCCGUUCGUUCAAAUAGUUGAUGCCUAAAUCGUGAUUUUAUUCACCCAGAAAACGAACUGAAAUGGAACAGUUGCGAACCAAACAUAGAACAUGGAUAAAAGAGUUUUUGGUAUUGAAUUUAAUUGGAAAUCAAAAAUUAAUCGCAUGCAAAAAGCUAUCCGAACACAUCGUCAUUCAGUCAGUUGAAAUCCGGGAAUUAUCACUUGACGUAGCGUUUAUGGUAACAAUUUGCUAUUUUGUUAAAAUUUCCGUAAAAGUAGCGAAGUCACACGUGGAAUGUGAUAACGACGAUAGUGAUGACGAAAAAAUAUUCGAUAUCGUGGUGAAGUUUGCACCCGAAGUGGAACCAGAUCUAUACGAGAAACUCUGCAUGCAUGGUCUAUUUUCAAAUGAAAUAAAUGCUUAUGAGUACGUCAUACCGAAAAUCGAGUCGUUAUCGAAAUCACCAAAAUGUUAUUAUUCUCACAAUAAAUUCUUGGAUGCUGUGAUUGCACUUUCCGACUUUUCAACAGAUGGAUGGCAAAUGUCUAAAUCGAAGGUCAACCUAUCGAUUGAUCACAUUUUGAUUGCUGUCAAAGAGCUGGGCCGUUUUCAUGGUAACAUGUACGCAUUGAAACUAACUGAUGCCGACACAUUCAAUUCCAUCAAGAGUCAAUUGGUUGAAUCAAGAUUUGGGAAAGGUAGUUGUCCUUCCGAUGAUUGGAAUUUGUGGCUUGAACUGAGCAUAAGACGAGCAACGAAUAGUGUUCGUGCAUCCAAAACGGAACCGGAAAUUGUACCUGAAUCAUUUUUGAAACGUUUGGAACACGUUUUGUACGGAACAUAUGACUAUCAACGAAAUCGUAUUCAACCAAUUGAACCAAUCGCAAUUAUCUGUCACGGUGACUAUUUGCGAAACAACAUCGCUUUUCGUUAUGAUGAUGAUGGAAAAGCGGUUGAAGCGAUGAUGUUCGACUUUCAAACAAUUCGUUACUCAUCGCCGAUGGUGGACUUGUGCACGUUCAUUGCCAAUUCAACAGGAUGGGAAGUGCGUGAUAAACAUUUUUGGGACAUUUUCGCGGCCUAUCAUAAAUCACUGAUUGCACAUUUUUUAACGACAUCAAAGUGGGACGAGUGCGAUAUUCCAACGUAUCUAAAAUAUGACAGUUUUUUGGAAGAAUAUGCUCGCUACUUGCCCUUUGGUUUGACGAUAGCAUCAUCGUUUUUGCAAACAUUGCAUGUCGAAGAACCAUUGGAAUUCGCUCCGUUGCCAGUAAAGGAAAUCGUUCGAAAGGUACUUGACAAAGGUGGUGAUGUGGUUGAUGCUGAACUUCGGGCGAUCAUCAUUGAUAUUUACCGUUUACAUGAUAAACUAAAUUUGACACUUGAAAAAUUGUGAUGAUUCCAACAAAUUGUGAUCAAUUCAGAUUGCAAUUCAACAAAAAACUAGUUGGUUCAAUAAUGGAUAAUUCCGAUAGAUGAAGAUUUUCAUAGCUUUUCAACAGGAAUAUUGAAAUAUUAUUUUUCAACUAUUAUCGUAUUCGUUAACGAGAAUCUCUUUCAUAUGAAGUGGCAGCAAGUCUAGCAGCAAGUGUAAUGAUUAUUAAAAUCUUAUGAAUAAAUAAACAAUGAAAAUAUAA